CUUAGAACAGUUCGUAACGAGCCAGAUGGCGCAACAGCUAACUCGCUCGUUUACCCGUUUAUUUUGCUGUUUACCUGAUUCAUUCAGCUGUUAAGGUGAGACCCGGAAUGGUUUUAGAGUGACACCUGAACCGGGAACGCAGGUGACCACCGAUAAGUGAGUUAUUUUUUUUUUUCCGCACUGUUAGCUGACAUGACGAACAUGCUAACACUGGAGCUAACGGGUUAAAUUUUCAUCAUGGAGUCACAAACUCUUCUGCUGUUAGCAGCUCUGAUGAUGACGGGACGAGCGGAUUCCCGGAACCACUUGAUGACGUUCCCUCAGUCUCCGGUCAUAGAGGUUGGCUCAGACUUCACAGCGACGUGCGUGAUCCUCGACACGGCUGAGGUGACCUCAGAUGACCUCUACUGGAAUCUGUCAGAUACUACAUUACCCAGAGAGCUCUACACCAGGAUCAACAGCUCCGCCCUCAGUGUGACCUUCACUGUUAACUCGGAAAAACCUGAGUGGCUCUACUGUCUGUGCCGCAAACCUUCUCCCUACGUCGUCCUCAACCAGGGACGCUUCAUACACGGCCUUUACCUGAGAAAAGGAUAUGGCGUGCAGAAACCCGCGAACUUGACGUGUGGCUCUUCAGGAGAAGACACAUCUCAGAAAGCGAUCAGCUGUAAGUGGGACGACCGCGGACGUCAGACCAAAGAAGUUCCUACCACGUACACGCUCUACGUAAAACAGAUGACUGGAGAGAUAAAUCAAACCAUCACACCCAGAACCAACGGUCAGGUGACAUUGGGAAGUUACCCCACUCACACACCUCUGGAGAUUUGGGUGGAGGCUAAAAACCUGCUGGGGGUGGCGGAGUCAGACCGCCUGAUACAGGACGCCGGCUUUUUUGUGAAGACCAAUCCUCCGUCAAACGUCACGCUGCUGCCAGAGCCCAGUAUUACUCCCACCUCUAUGGUGUUGAAGUGGACUCCCCCCAUCGAUAGAGUCUAUGUCAGAUUAACCUAUCGCAUCAGAUUCUGUGUCCAAGGAGCGCACACCUGGAGCUACGUGCCUGAUGGAGACCUGUCCAAAGAUAUUGAGUCGUUCAGACUGCAGGGCUUGCAGCCUGACACAGUUUACCUGUCCCAGGUGAGCUGUAAGAACGCUCGACCUGGACACGGACACUGGAGCGAGUGGAGCAACAACGCCACCAUGAGGACCCCAGAGGACCGGCCGAGAAGUAAACCAGAUUUAUGGAUGGUCUCUGAGAGAGACCACAUGGGGCAGCGAAAAGUUCGGUUCAUCUCCAAGGAGCCCGUGUUCGCUAACGGGAGGAUCCUCCAUUAUGAUGUGAAAGUGUACGACCAUGGGUCAAAGAAUGCCAGCAGUUUUGUUUCCUUUAACGCAUCAGAGAGUAGAGGUGUGACUGUCCUCAAUCACGUCCUCCUCUCUGACCAGAUGACAGCCAGAAUUUGGGUCUCUGCUGUCAACUCUGUUGGGCGUUCACCAGAGGCAUAUUUAGGCAUACCUGAGAGAAACCGAGAGCGUCCCCCGGUGGAGGAGCUGAGAGUUUGGCCCCAUGAGGGCCGUCUGAUGGUGGAGUGGCAGCCCCUGAACAGCUCUGGGGUGACUGAGUUUGUGGUGGAGUGGGUGAGGGGGCCGCAGAAAGACUGGCAGAGAGAGACCAAGGCCACCACACGGACGCACAUCACAGGUAAUCUGGAGGAGUUUGAAUGUUACACUGUGUCGGUGUACUCCAUUUAUUCUGGAUGGAUCAGUCGACCCGCCAGCGUGGACGUCUACCUGAAACAACGAGCUCCGUCUGUGGCUCCCACUGUCAAUCUGGUCGGCGUUCCUGGUCGAAACAAGGCUCACCUGAGGUGGACUGAGGUUCCACCUGAGAAACGGGGAGGGUUCAUCACCAACUAUACUGUCUACUACAAGACAGGGGAGGAGCUUAAAGCGGUUACGCUACAUGGUAACUCCACCUCAUGCACGCUCACUUCUCUGUUACCUGACACCACCUAUGUAACCUGGAUCACAGCAUCUACUGUGGCAGGCUCAACCCCCGGCUCCAAACACUCUUUCACCACAGCCAAGUACGCUCCUGGUGAGAUCGAGGUGAUCGUGGUUGGCGUUAGUUUGGGUUUCCUGUUUGUCUUCCUGAUGACCGUCCUGCUCUGCUUCUACAAGAAAGACGUGAUCAAAGAAAACUUCUGGCCCCGAAUCCCCGACCCUGGAGAGAGCACUAUUGGAAACUGGUCUCCUGAUUAUUCACUGAAGGCGGAUCCUCCAGGGGAAGGCUGCCUGUCAGGGAUCAGCGUGCUGGACGUGGAUGUGUGUGAUGGUCGUAGUCUGUUUGACGAAGAGAAGGCAGGACUUCCUCUAAAGAAGGACAAGUUUCUGUCUGAGGAGCACAGCAGUGGUAUUGGUGGGUCGUCCUGCAUGUCGUCUCCUCGUCAGAGUGUGUCUGACAGCGAUGAGGGCGGUGACAUGGCUGACACCACCGCCAGCACUGUGCAGUACUCGUCUGUGGUUGCGUCCAGUGGUUACAAAGGUCAGACCCCCACCCAGACCCCUGCCACCCUCUUCUCCCGCUCAGAGUCCACCCAACCCCUCCUGGAUUCAGAGGAAAACCCCGACAUUACCCUACAGGACGGCAGCAGACAGUCACUACGCUGCAGUCAGCCUGUAGGGGGCGAUCAUGACCCUCGCCUUCAGAGGGAGGAGCUUCAGCCACUAGACUUCUGCCCCUUGCAGGAGGACUCUGAGAACAACACACCUGCUGAUGACCAAUCAGCUGCAUCAGCCUCCAGCUACAUGCCUCAGCUGGGUGGCUACAGGCCUCAGGCCUGAGGGGGAGGGCUA